AUGAGUUCAGCAUUAUUGAUAGCAAAAUAUUUGGGUACUGAAAAGCAAGCUGAAUUAAUAGGGAAUUUAUUAGUCGACAUUCAAGAAGAACCCACCAAUAAUAAUGUCGAAAUAUUGAUUGAAUUAUUAGAUGGAUUUGAUCUUGAUAAAUAUCCCCAGUUUUAUAAUCAAAUUUUAAAUAUCUCUAAAGAAAAGCUUUUAAUUGAAAAUGAAUUAGAAAUUAUUUUGAAAUUUGUUUAUAAGAUUCCUCAAUUGAAACAUGAUAUACUAGAAAGAAUGAUUCAAUUAUUAUAUGGAUACAUCAAAGAACAAAUUUAUUAUUUCAAUCAACAAUUGAUUAAACUUAUUCCAAUAUCUAUAGUUGAUGAGAAAAUUGCUGAUACAGCGGCUGAUUCAAUUACCACUGAUGAAUUAAUUUUAUUGUUUCGGUUUUUACAAUCAUUAUUUACUAAAACUACUGGUAGUGAUACUCCUUUGAACCUUGAAAUUGAUUAUUUGUUGUUGUUAUUUUUGGGUAUUAAUGACAAAAACGUAUCAGGCAUUAGCUCCAAGUUAUUGCGUUGGAGAAUGGAUUCAAUUUGUCAAAAAAUUGAAGGUCAAUUGAUUUGGGAUAUAAUAUUUACUUUAGAAAGUACUAAUCUUGAAUUUCAUAAAAGUCAUGCAUAUAUAUUAUGGUUAAGAUAUUUGAACACUGGAUUAAUUGAAAACAACACCUUCCAAACAAUUAUUCAAAACCCCGAUUAUUGGAUGGCAUUACAACAAGGAUUAAUUAGUGAUUCUCAUGUAUAUCGCAAGUUUAGUUUAUCUAUAUUACAAGUAUCUUUAAUAUCAAUUAACACCAACCUCAAAAAUGAUUAUAUUGUUUGGAGAAUGGAUGAUAAACAAAAAUACCUUAAUGAAUGGUCAAGAUAUAUGACAUUAUAUGAAAUUAUUGCCAUAGAUACUUCAUUAAAUCAAGCAGAAGCAGGUCAGAAUGAUAUCACGGGAUUAAUCUCACCAACUUCAUUGAUUCCAUCUUCUUGGGGGUGGUGUUUAUUAUCAACUGGUCUUCAAGCUACUCUUGAAUCAGUUAGAAAAUUCACUUUAAGACUUCUUUUAUCAAUCCCAUUAGAAAAUUUAUAUUUAAUAAAACAUGGAUUACCUAUUUUAGAACGGGCAUUUUUACCAAAUUUAAUGAAUGCAUCUAAUUUAAAUGUGAAAAUAACUUCCACUAAUGAUAAAUUAGAUUGUGAAUAUGCUUAUCAAUUGAAAAAUUAUAUAUGUAAUAUGGUUAAAAAUUUAUCAACUGACCAAGAAUUUCAAGAUAUUACUUUAUCGAUAUUAAGAGUAUUGGCUGAUUUAAAAGAUAGUUAUGGUCCUUCAAGAAUAUUGGUUUUACAUGGAUUAUAUGAUGGAUUGAAUCAAGCUAAAAAUACCAAACAAGUAUUACAGUAUGGAAUUCAUGAUAUUCCAUUAUUAGUAUUAUUUGAGAAAAAAUGUGAAGGAGAAAUAUAUGAAAGAUAUCAUCAAACACUUAAUUUGAGGUUGUUACUCAAUUUCAAAUUAGAUAUCAAAUCAUUUUUAUCAAAAUUGAAUAAAUUUACCAAGCAUAAUGGAUUUGAACUAUUAAAAGAAAAUCAUCAAUUGCUUGCCAGUUAUAUUAAGGACGUUCCAAUAGAGAAAUUCAUGUCCAACCAAGAAUUUGGUGAUUGUGGACCAGAAUACAAGGCAUUGUUUUUAGGUAUUACUGAUAAAGAUAUCCUGUCUGUUCUUGAACAAUCAAAGGAUAAGGACUUGUUGUUGGCCAAAUUAUUUGCAUCUGGACUUAAAACAACUGAAUUAGAGAAAUUCGAUUCAAGAUUACAAGAACUUGUUCUACUGAAUGAUAUAGAAAUUAUACAAACAUUAAGUCAAGCUGAGUUUGAAUUGUCUGGGGUAAUUCCUGACAAUGAAGAUAUUUCCAAAUUAUGGGGAACCAUCACAAUGGAAAUCCAAUCUAAUGAAUAUAGAAUCCUUGAGGAAUGCCUUUAUAAAUUUAGACUUUUCAAUCAAAUUUAUAAGCAUUCAACUUUCCAAUUUGAAAGCAUAUCUACAAUCAUUGAUUUUUAUAAAAUUAUGUUAAACAACUCCUAUGAGACAUCGAAAACUUCAAGAUUCUUUUAUAAAUUAAAAAAUGAAAUAUUAGGUGAAUAUUAUAGUACUUUAAAUAUUACUUUUGAAAAAACCGCCAACGCCAACAAUAGCAUCUCAGCUAUUAUAGAUGUUUUAAAUCCUGGUAUAGCUCAAAAUAAAGCCAAUUACAAUAUGGUCAAUUUACUUUAUCAUUAUCUUGAAAUUGCUGAAACCCCUGACUCGAUAUAUCAAAUUGUGGAAUUUUUAAGUGAAUUAUGGUUUAAUUUAUCGGCCACAAGAUUGAAAUUGCAAGCAUUACCAUUACAUCUCUCUAUUAUAAAGACAUUUUUCCAUUCCAAAGUGGUAUUCUCUGGUGUGAAUGUCAGUGAUAUGUUACAUAAAUUUGGUCUUUCAAUUAUUGAAAAUUCUAAAGUUAGAAGAAGUUUCUUACCAACUUUAACUUUAUGUUUAUCCAAUUGUCAAAUUGAAAAUCAAAAACAAUUUGAAUCAUAUCAAUGGAUUCCAGAACUUUUAGUUAAAGCUUAUUUGAUAUAUCAACCAAAAGCUCAUUUUUUCAUUCUCCCAAUAAUAUUAGCCAAUAUUUAUGACAAUCAAGUGGCAAUCAAUUCAAACUCAAGCAUUUACUAUGAAGUUUAUGGAAAUGAAGAAAUUAGUGCUCGAAUUAAUCUUAUGGCGAUUUUCAAUUCAAUUAAAUCUUCCAAUUUUGCUCAAUCCAUUUAUGAUUAUAUAAUUGAAAAUCAACAACAAUUUCAUUUAUUUAAACCAUUAAAGAGUACUGAUGCAUUAGAAGAAUGGACUAGAAUGCAAUUAUAUUCAAUAAUUUUAUCAUUAUCUGAUGAUACUUUAACUAAUAUUGAUUUGGAUAAUUUCCUUGCUAGAUUAGCCACAGAACCAAGUCCAAUGGUUCGUUCUUAUAUCGAAUGGAUAAUUGCCCUUAAAUUAACUGAUAAUGAAACUUAUGUUGACAAAUUAUUAAAUGAAUUAUUGCAAAAAAUAAAUGUCCUAAAACCAUCAGUGGUCACUUCAUAUUUGAAAAUAUUGUUUUUAUUCAUUCAACAACAACAACCUGCUAAUAAAGAAUGUCAGUUAUUGACCAAACUAUUAUAUGCGGUUAUCCCUGGUUGUACAGUAUCACGUAAAAUGAUUAGACAUUUUUCAUUAUCAUUAAUAAUUUCUAUUCAUGAUGAAAUUAAAAGGAAAAAUUUACCCUUAGAUCCUCGAGUUCUUGAUAUUGUUAAUAAUAUGUAUUUAAAUGCUAUUGAAUCAGAAACUUUUACUCAAUAUAGAAGUGGUGAUGAAUUAUUAUGGGAUAUCCUUAAAGAUUUAACUUUGGUCAAUAUAUCUGGUGGAGUUAUGUUAAGAUUGUCUGAUAGAACGGAUUUAGAUUAUAUUAAAAGAGAAAAUUUUGUUAAAUAUCUUUCUCAAAAUCAAAUUAAUUUAUUAAAAUAUGAUAUUGGUCAAGAUCCUCAAAUAUGGAUGGUAGAUGAUGAUAAUGAUCACGUGAACAAGGUAAGCAUGAAGAAGCCAAUAGUUACUCCUAUUAAACCAAUUACUAGUGAAGUGUCAUCAUUUUUACAAACUAAAAGUGGUGCUUGGAAUACAAUUAUGGAUGCUGAUGAUGAUAUUAAUACUACUAACUUGAGAGGAUCAGAAAUCCCUAGAAGCGAAUUAAUUGUUGUUUCUUCAUUAGUUGACAAACCGCCAAAUUUAGGUGGGAUAUGUCGUUUAUGUGACGUUUUAGGAGCAGGAUUAUUAACAUUACAUGAUAUUGAAGUUAAAAAUCAUAUUAAUUUUAAAACUGUAGCAGUUACUGCAGAUCAAUGGAUGCCUAUGAUAGAAGUUAAAAUGGAAAAUAUCAAAAAUUAUUUAUUAGAUAAAAAACGUGAAGGAUAUACAUUAAUUGGAUUAGAACAAACUGAUAAAUCAAUUGAAUUGAAUAAUGAUUUGAAAUUUCCUAAAAAGUCAUUAAUUUUAAUUGGUAAAGAACGUGAAGGUAUUCCUGGUGAUUUAUUAGCUGAAUUGGAUUUUUGUGUGGAAAUAAAACAAGUUGGUAUUGUUAGAUCAAUGAAUAUUCAAACUGCUACAGCAAUUAUAGUUCAUGCUUAUUCUUCCCAACAUUGCUAA